AUGAAUAAAAUGAUAAUCAACCAUAUCGAGAAACUGUUUGUGACCAGUGAUGCGGGGACAAUUCUGAACGAACUGGAAGUGCAACAUCCGGCAGCCAAAAUGCUUGUUAUGGCAAGCCAAAUGCAGGAGAAACAGAUCGGUGAUGGUACCAAUACUGUGGUGAUUUUCGCUGCUUCGCUGCUCGAACACGCAUCUGAAUUGCUGAGCAUGGGCCUGAAUCCCCGGGAAAUAGCGGAUGGUUAUGAGCAAGCAGCAGAGAAAGCGCUGGCAAUACUUCCUUCAUUGGUCGUCAGAAAAGCGGAGGAUUUACGCGAUGUGGUAGCUGUUCAGAAAUAUUUGCGAUCAGCAGUGAUGUCAAAGCAAUAUGCCAACGUUGAUUUCAUCACAAAUUUGGUUGCCAAAGCUUGCGUGCAAAUUGUACCGGCCAAUGCGCAGAAUUUCAAUGUGGACAGUAUUCGUGGCCUGAAUCCCCGGGAAAUAGCGGAUGGUUACGAGCAAGCAGCAGAGAAAGCGCUGGCAAUACUUCCUUCAUUGGUCGUCAAAAAAGCGGAGGAUUUACGCGAUGUGGUAGCUGUUCAGAAAUAUUUGCGAUCAGCAGUGAUGUCAAAGCAAUAUGCCAACGUUGAUUUCAUCACAAAUUUGGUUGCCAAAGCUUGCGUACAAAUUGUACCGGCCAAUGCGCAGAAUUUCAAUGUGGACAGUAUUCGUGUGUGCAAAAUUCUUGGCGGUGGGGUGCAGGCAUCCAGAACGAUGAAUGGAAUGGUAUUCGAACGAGGCACUGAGGGCGAACUGAAGAAAGUGGAAAAAGCAAAAAUUGUUGUGUACUCGUGUCCAUUCGAACUAACCCAAACCGAAACAAAGGGCACAGUUUUGAUGGAAACUGCUGACGAAUUGUUGAAGUUCAGUGCUGGCGAAGAAGCGGAAGUGGAGAAGCUGAUAAAAGCUUUGGCUGAUAAUGGCGUGAAUGUUGUUGUAUCAGCUGGAAAAUUCGGUGACAUUCAUCUUCAUUUCAUGAACAAAUACAAAAUGAUGGGUGUCCGGUUGGUUUCAAAAUUCGAUCUUCGUCGUUUAUGCCGAUCCACUGGAGCCCAGGCGCAGGCGCGUGUGUGCUGCCCACCCGCAACAGCUUAUGGUGAAUGCGAUCGAGUGUAUAUCGAAGAGGUGGGCGGCAAAGAGCUAACGGUAUUCGAUAAGGCGAGCGAGCGAGGCAAUAUUGCGACAAUCGUGAUCCGAGGAUCGAGCCAGUCACGCAUGGACGAUGUGGAAAGGGCAAUUAACGAUGCCGUUAAUACUUAUAAAGCGCUUACACGAGAUUCUAACUUGCUUGCCGGAGCUGGAGCCGCCGAGAUUGAGCUUGCGCGACAAAUUGAAUCGUUUGGCGAAAAAUGGGCCGGACUGGAGCAGUAUUCCAUUAAGAAAUUUGCUCAUGCGUUGGAAACGUUGCCAAAGCAAGUUGCUGAGAAUGCUGGACUAGACGUACGUAACCUUUUUUGUUCCUCUUUUUUUUUAGCGCAAGAAAAUAAUAAUUUCUUGAGACGCCGACUGAGAUUCUUUCGAAAAUUUAUGCGGCGCACCAGGAAGAUAAUCAUGUCGAAGCAAGCGAAAGGUCCGGCUCCACGAGCACCAAAAGCAGCUGAUGAAGCGGAUGAAGAUUAA